AUGUGUGUUUUCCUUAAUACUGAUGGUGCUGUUCACCCUAUGUCUGGUCUUUCUGCUGUAGGUAGUGUGAUACGUAACAGCAAAAGGGAGUGGAUCUUGGGCUACAAUCGCUUCUUGGGGGAAUGCUCAAUUGCGACAGCUGAAUUAUGGGGCGUACUGGAUGGAUUACUUAUUCUUCAAAAACAAGGCUAUGAUGAGGUUAUUAUACAAUCAAACAGUCUUGAGAAUGUGAUAUCCAUCAAUGAUAGUAAAAUGGCAUUUGAAGAGAAGUGGUCCCUAAAUUAUGCUCCCAGAGAUACUAAUCGGGUAGCUGAUGCUUUGGCAAAAAUGGCUCUGUCAAGUGCUGAAUCUUUGAACAUUAUUGAGGAACCCCCGUUGGAGAUUAAAGAGAUUCUAAAGAAUGAUAGUACUCCUGUUAACUUGUUUAUGACUUCCUCUUUGUAA